CAGGUUCCGUCAUCCUACAUCUUCCAUGAGAUCCUCGUACUUUAAAUUUAGGAAAAAAAAUGACCAACUGGAUUAUCUUGUUGAUCUUUAUUCAUUCUAAUUUUGAUUAAAGCGUAUAUUCUCUGUUGUUGUUCGGUGUAUGGUCGUGGUAGUAUUUUGUUAUUAAGUUUAACAAAUUCCCUAAUGAUGUUAACAAAUGUUAAUGGUUCUUAUUGUUUUAAAUAUUUUCUUAUAUGUUUUAUCAUUUUCUCAAUGAUAGUUUAUUAUUAUUAUUAUAAUAACAAUUUUAAUUCAUUGUAUGAUAUGACGAUUAUUUCAAAUGAAGAAUAUACAAGAAAAUUUCAACAAUCAUAUUAUCAAUUACCUUUGUAUAUGAAUAAACAUUGUACAUAUUCUACAUGUUUCAAUAUUAGUAAUUGUGUUCGUGAAAUUAUUGACAAAUCAUUACAUAAUAUUAGAAUUUAUAUUUAUCCUUUAAAUGAUAGUUUAAUGUUUACAAGUUUUAGUCAACAAUUUAUUUCCUUAUAUAAUACCAUUAUAUCUAGUAAAUAUUAUGUUAAUCAAAUUGAAGAAGCAUGUAUUAUUAUCCCAGGAUUAGAUUUAUUAUAUGCUUAUCCAGAUGAUAAUCAAAUGAUCGAUUUAUCUAUGCGUUAUUUACAUCAUUUGCCAAGCUGGAACGAAGGGAAAAAUCAUUUAAUUAUUAAUUUUCUUUCAAAUGAAAAAUUAAAAUAUACAGCUUCAGCUGUUGUUGCCAGUGCUAGUCAUACAAGUUUAACGUUCAGAUCGAAAUUUGAUAUAGUUCUACCGGCAUUUAAUCCAUUAACUGUUGUAGUGAAUCAACGUAUUCAUGAGAGACGUACUAUUUUUUUAAUUGUUUUCCAAUCAACUGAUCAAAAUUUGAUCUACCAAGUGCAAUACCUCCUAUUAGAUUCUCGCACGUCAAAUUCAAAUUUAGUGCGCCCCAUACUUGUUCUAGACUCUUCAUCAAACCAAUCUAAUACAACCUAUAAUCAACGUUUUGUGCUAGUAUCUGAAUCACCAUAUCGUCAAGGUGUGGAAAAAUGGAUAAACUAUUCGGAAUCAUUGUGUUCUAGUGAAUUUUGUUUGAUCAUUGAUGCGGACAAUUUAAAUCGUUUUAAUUUGUAUGAUAGUCUAGCUUGUGGUUGUAUUCCGGUGAUUGUCAAUGAUGAUAUUGUUUUACCUUUCUCAGAAGUUCUUGACUGGUAUAAAAUUGCUAUUCAUAUUCCACAAGUUAAAUUUCAAAAGAUUCCAUCCAUCUUAUCAACAUAUUCAUCAAAAGAAAAAUCUCUCCUUCGAAAACAGAUAAUGUUUAUUUAUCAACGUUAUUUUUCAUCAAUAGAGAAAAUUAUAUUGACCACUUUGGAUAUAUUAAAUGAUCGUGUAUUUCCUCAAUAUUCACGGUCUUAUGCUGAAUGGAAUUAUCCUAAUUAUUCUAAGGUUGGACUACCUAUAUCUCCAGUAUUAUUUUACCCUGCUAAAGCUUUUACACGUACUGGAUUUACUGCUCUCAUUCGAGCUCAUAAUCAUUUCACACUACUUUGUAUUUUGCUAAAAUCGAUUCAGUCUGUAAAAUUCUUGAGACGGAUUGUUGUUGUAUGGACAAAUAAAAUAUAUCCAGUUCCUGAUUCUACAUUAUGGCCAUCUUUAAUAGUUCCUUUAAAUGUAGUUCGUUCAGCUUAUGGUUCAGUGAAUGGUCGAUUUUUUCCUUAUCGACAAAUAAUAACUGAAGCUGUUUUUUCUAUUGAAGAAGAUACAUGCUUACCGUCGGUUGAGUUAAUCGAACGUGCAUUUGAGUUAUGGUGCCAAAAUCCUGAACGAUUAAUAAGCUUAUCCGAUCAAUCCAUCUGGAAUUUAUUUGAUAAUAAUCAAUCCUUUUCUGCUAGUUUUUCAUCAGUGUUUUUCCAUAAACAUUAUUUACAUUUGUAUACAGAUCUCUUAGCAAGUUCUAUCAAAGCAUUUAUAGAUGAUUUAGAUACAUGUGAAGAUAUCUUCUUUUAUUGGUUCAUUAUACAAACAUCUAAUGGUCAGUCGGUGUUGAGCACCAGUGGCAGUAACCGUUCAUCUACAAACAAUUAUUCAUCUAAUCUAUAUAAUUUAUCAAAUGAAUGUAAUAUUACACCGAAACAUUGUUCAUUUCAUGUAAGUCGAUUGAAAUCUUUUGUACAACAAUUUGACAGAACAAAUUAUUAUCCAAUGAAAAUUUCUCAUAUAACAGCUGGUGCCUUAUAAAAUGCAUUAAAUGUUACUAAUACUGCUACUACUAAUACUAAUAGUAAUAGUAGUAUUACAGCUCAUAUAUUAUGUAUAUGAACAUUUACUUAUAUCUCAUCCGCUUCUGUUUUUCUCAAAUUCAAAAUAAAAGUCUUCAGAUUAUUGUGGA